UGACAACAAUCAAAAUGGCUGAUGUUGUGAAAGCAAUUUAUACUUCAAUUGCAAAACAAAGUGACCAAUCGCGAGAAACGUAUGUUGAAGGCGUAGGGAAUGAAGUAUUAAUAGGUAUUGGAGCUUCUCUUGCAAUUUUUAUUCCUGUAGUUAUCUCCGUUCUUGUAAAACGAUCGUAUGGCGUGCGUAUACAUCCUGAUGAAGCAGAGAAUGUACAAGCGGCUAGAGAGACGCUUGGUGUUGGUGGAAAUACUGGAAAUAAUGAAAGAACUCCAGUAACUCCUCCCAGGAACAUUAAUGAUGGUGAACCCUGUCCUAUAUGUUUAAUGCCACCCCACUAUUUGCUUAUAACUAACUGUGGACAUGGCUUUUGUGGUGAGUUUAGUAUAUAUUAAGCCUAAAUAACCCUUCUCCUCACUACAAUGAGUACAAUGCAAUCAUAAGAUAAGCAAGUAAAACACUUAAGCCCCGUUUACACUACGCUCAAUUUUUGGUACUGUACUACUUUUUUGGUUCUUGGACUACCUAAAUAUAACCAAAAAAGUGGUAUGGGUACCAAUUUUAUCCGUACCAUACCAUAAAUUGAGCGUAGUGUAAAUGGGCUUUAGGCAUUGCUUGUGUUACUCUCACUGUGUCCCCUCUACAAUGCAAGCAUACAGGACGCAACAUUUUGAUAUCCAUAUGCUAUUGCUAUAUGCUUGUAUAUCGAUGUGAAGAUUCAACAUUUAUUAUACUGUCAGUAACAAAUCAAUAUGUGGUGAGGACAGGGCCUUUUUAAAGGAUAUUCCCAGGUGUGUGUGUGGGGGGGGGGGGGGGUUUGAAAAGGAACCUUUCUGUGAGAUAAUGUAUUAGAGGGGGAUAGCAAUGGCCGAAGACCACAUUUGUGGCCGACAUACCACACAUGAAUAGGGCAUUCUGAGCAUCCAAAAUUGCUCUAAAAUUUAUGCUAACUAUACUUGUAUUUGAAAUAAAAGCAGGAAAAACACACAAAAAAUUAAAAAAAUUAUUAACUUACAAUAAUUUAUCAUCA